AUUACACACAGUAGCUGAUGGUUGUUUUUUUUUCGUUCGAAAUAGUGAACAGUUUGAAUUCGUCGGAAUAGUAUCAUCGGUUCGCAGUGUUCUUACACUUCAUAAUUGUACCAUCACAUAUACAGUCACACACUAUCAAAAAGCUCUUCGGAAAAUCUUGGUUAAAACCAACCAGAUGAUAAAUAGAGCCCCGAGGUUUAAAUUGAAUUUGUAUUUUGUACCAUCAAGUACUUGUUCCUUGUAACAGUCGAUCGAACGAAGGAAGAAAAAAAAAUACGGAAUCGAAUAACAAGAAUUUUGUUUUUUUUUGUGUAUUCUGCCGUUUCGGUGUUAUUAAUUCGUUUGUCGUGGCUAUCGGUAUUAAGGGUAAUCUUUGUGGGUCAACUAAGAUUUUUUUUUUGCUUGACCAAACUGUGCGUCGCGUGAAGUUAUAAUAUUCGGAUACUUUGCAGAGACUAUAAUCAAAACUCGACUAUGCAAUUCAUACGUACGUGAAUUCGUAGUAUUUGUAACACUUCUAGUGUUAAGUCGUGGUAGUUUUUCGUACACGAAAUUGAUGUGCGGUGUGUAAACAAAAAAUUUACUCAAAAGAUUAAUUAAUAUUAAAAAAGAAAAGAAAAUUAAAAGAACGCUGAGCAAACUACAAACGAUUAUUAGCUUGAACUUUGAUGAUGUCAAACUGUGUUAAUCCUUAAAAUAAAAAAACAAGAGAAAAUAAAUUGCUUGGUUUCAGCGACUAAACAGCAGAUUACACUGUUGAGUGGUCAAGAGGGAUUUACGAAAAUAUUUUAUAUUUUUUUUGAAAUAUUUUAAGUUUCAAAUAAAUUAGUUUUCACGUGCCGGGCUGUGAUUGACACAAUAAAUAUAAUUUAACGACAACAACAACAACAUCCAAAUGCUAUCUAGUGAGUCUGGUUAAAGAUGCGUACAUAAUAAUCAGGCGAACGAAAUAUUAUCAAGUUUCUUGAUGAAUGGUUACAACGGAACAUAAAGUGAAUACACACAAUUUUCGGAAUUUAAAAUUUUUCUGUUGGAUUGAAACCAAAAAUAGGAGAUUUUUUUUGAGAACGUGAGAAAUAAAAAAAGGCAAAACGAUUCAUUUACGGGCAUAUAAGGACGCCCUCACUUACGGAGGCCACAAUCAAUUUUCCACCAUAUUUCCAUCAUCAAUCAUGGAACGUGGUGGACUGGAAAAUAUGUCCGACUCGGCCGGACUCUGCCUGCAGGACCUGGUCGGUGGCAGUAAUAACGGCAGUGGUUCCGGAUCGAAUAACAACAAUCCAGAUCACUUGCACAAUCAUCACAGUUUGCAUGAUUCGGUUGCGGCUGCGGUUAGUGUGUCAUCUGCCAUAACCGGAUUAAUGUCGUCGGGUGGUAGUGGACUUAGUCACUUACAUCACAAUUCACAUGAUGUGUCGAAUCAUCAUCAUCAUCACAGCGUAGUGCCUCAUACACCUGCGUUACAUGAACCAUUAGAGAAACUAAAAUUAUGGGCAGAAACAGGUGAUUUUCGAGAAAGUAGUCAUUCAUCAAUGACCGCCGUUGCCAGCAGUAUUGAUCAUACACAAUUAAAUUUUCAAACGACAUCCAGAAAUCGGAAUCGGGAUCGAAAGAAUGAUGUAAAUCGAUCCAUAAACGAAACAGCCGUAAAAACAGAAAAUACCUCUGGGAUACACGACGAUCCCAUUGUAACAACUGAAGAAACUAAAAACGACAAGAAAAACAAACGACAACGACGGCAACGGACACAUUUCACAUCGCAACAAUUACAAGAAUUGGAGCAUACGUUCAGCAGAAAUCGAUAUCCGGAUAUGUCAACCCGAGAAGAAAUUGCAAUGUGGACAAAUUUAACGGAGGCAAGAGUUCGGGUUUGGUUCAAAAACCGCCGAGCCAAGUGGCGGAAACGAGAACGCAACGCAAUGAAUGCAGCGGCAGUUGCUGCAGCUGAUUUCAAGAAUGGCUUUGGCACCCAAUUCAUGCAACCGUUUGCCGAUACCGAUUCGUUAUACUCAUCGUAUUCCCCAUACAAUAAUUGGACGACCAAAGUUCCAUCGCCGCUAGGAACAAAAUCAUUCCCGUGGCCAGUGAAUCCACUCGGUUCCGUUGUAUCCACCAAUCACCACCAGAAUUCGGUAAAUUGCUUUAACUCGACUGGUUCGUCGGUUACCGUAAGUAUGAACUCGGGCAGUAUGCUACCGGGCGGUAUGGGCUCAUCAUUGUCGGGCGGUGGGCCAGGAGUUGCGGCUCCGCCAUGCCCAUACACCACACCAACAAACCCGUAUAGUAUGUAUCAUCAUCGAGCAUCGGAUGUACCAUGCACAGCAAUGACAUCAAGUAUUGCAACUCUUAGGCUAAAGGCGAAACAACAUUCAUCCGGUUUUGCCAGUCCAUAUUCGGCACCAUCACCAGUGUCCCGUUCCAAUUCGGCUGGUUUGUCCGCCUGUCAAUAUGCCGGCGUCGAUUCGGUGUGAGAAAACGCCCUCGGUGUACUGUUAAACAAUCAACUUCAGCAAAUGAAUCAAAUCAAAAUGAAUCAUGAGGAUGAUGGCUUUAAUGGACCCGGAAGUGAUGAUAAUGAUGAAGUUGACGAUAUUCGUGAUUAAUUUCAAAAACAAAAUAAAAAGAAGAAGAAGAAGAAGAAAGGAGAAUUUGAAGUAAAAAAAAACAAAAUUGCUAAAUUUUCUAUGUAAGUACCCCCCGAGUAGUAGAUAAUAUGUUUGUAGAGGUUUGUGUAAUAUAAAAGAAAAUCAGAGGUGUAAAUCAUAUUUGCAGAGUUUAAAUAUUUUUCCAGUUUCUAAUAAACAACACAACCAAAAAUAUAAAUCGAAAUUUAAAUUUUGCAUUGCAUUUCAAAGAGUAGACCCGUUUAAAUCGUGCAUCAAGUAAUUAACUUCCUUAAUGUUAAAUUGGCUUCAAUCAAAUCUACAGUUUUUAAGGCUUUGGCGCCUAUAAAAUUCGCAGGAUCAGCAUAAAAUUGUCGAGUAGCGACAGAUUAAAUACACUUUUUAUGGCUCAAUCUACGAAUUUUAUAGAAUUCUGAUGCUGAAUAUUAUCUCGGCUUUCACAUUAGCCAAUUUAACGUUCAGAAAGUUGUUAUCCGAAACAUUACUGUAAUUUUCUUCGUAUUUAAGACUGUUUCUAAGUGAAGUAAUUUUAUCUUUUAUUCGAUUUCGAUUUUCAUAUUUUGGAAUAAGUCAGUAAAACUAUUGGUUAUUAUUAGUCAAACAAUAUGAGUGAAAAAUAUGGUUCAGGCAGUUGAAAGUAAAAAAAUUUCCAAGAACUUUUAGGCCUUUAUGUCGCUCAAUUUUUGGUUAAAGCUUCACCGUAAUCAAUAUCGAGAGAAAUUGGUAUUUAAAGCCGUUCAUUGGGAAACAACAGUCUGGGAUCCAGAAGUUCGGUCAGUCGUUAUACAAUAUCUAGUGUCUCGCCCAUACCUGAAAGAAAUCACUGCACCAAAUCUUUUUUUAAAGAACGAGUUCAAUCUAGUUCACGUCUUAAUUUUGUUCCUCAAUAUCGAUAACAGAUGACAUAGCAGCAAGAACCUUGUUUGCAGAAUGUACAGCAAAUUUUCCCAAUUUUAAUGCAAGACAGUUUACGUGUAAAAGGCGAAUCGGUUAAGUCGUUUUUUUAUAUUUCGAAUUCUAGAUAACUUUACCAAUAUCAGUAAACAAGAAAUUCGCCAUUGUGUUGGUAGAUAACACAUGAACUACACGGCACGUAUGCCACACUGGUUCGAACCAAAAAAAUAUAAUAAUUUGGCCAUAUUUUUGUGCUCCAUGAAUUUUCGAACAAAAUUUUUUAAUAAUCAGUAAAAUUGAUUGAUUGAUAAUAAUAACCAGUAGCGAAAGAGAGGUUGGCAAUAAAAAUCCCCAUUUCGAGUAUUUUUAUUUCCAUUAUCUGUGGAUAUGAGAUUUCAGAAAUUCAUUUAUUGUCCAUUAAAAAACAACUCUACUUUAAUUGAGCGGUAAUCUUUGAUCAAAAUGCAUUUCACAAUUGAGUUAGAAUUUUAACAUUUUGUGUUCGACAAUUGAAUUUGGUAUUUUUAAAUUAUGAAACUUUACCGAAAUAAACGAGCGAUUUAUUUACAGAAAUGAUCUGCCAGAUUCUGAGUGUUUUUUUUUUGUUUAACUUCUAUUUUAUCCUUUCUUGUGUCUGGGUGGAUUAGUAUAGCACAUAGGCUGACUUGGAAUUAAAUACUUAAAAAUACCAAAAAAUUCUUUAAAUUAUGAUUUUUUUGGAUUUUUAAGAAUUUAACUUUAAAAUAGGCUCACAUUUCUAAAUACCAUGCCUUAGACAUGGUAUGUUGUGAUUGAAUAAUGAAACAUCUCUUCAACAUUAGAACUGAUUCCAUGAUUUUUCCUUAUCCCCUGUUAUACUUGGAACAAAUCAAAUUUCGAGUAAGAUUUGGUGUCAACCGCAUGUUCGGCUGUUCGUUUCAGCAUUGGUGUACUACAUUGGACAAGUUGACAUGUCCAGAGGUUAUCCCAGGAAUAUGUUUAUUACUUCAGUCACCGAUAAUUUGCAAUGGAAAUCUAGUUCGCUUCAGGGUCGGAUUUGCUAUUAAAAGACACGGGGCGAUACAUGCAAAAUUUCAAUUUUCAUACAGAAAUUGAGAAUCCCAGAAUAGCCAGCCGGGCCCGGUUCGGUUGAGUACAAAUUAUACUAAAUUCGAUAAACUCGAUCUAUUUGCUAUACGUCUCUGUAAGGAGAUUGAGUUAACCUAUCACCGAUGGCAAACAUAUCAACAGUUUUACUAUUGGAUCUAUUACUUCAUUUUACCUACUUUCAAAAGAUUGAUUUCAAAUCUUUUAUGACGCUCUGUUAAAGGCACUGUUAGAUGAUUUUGAGAAAAUAUCAAAUCUUCCCAUUCAUCCCGCUCAUUUCCUGGCAGGACAUUCUGUUACAGAUAAAUAUCAUUAUUUCCAUAUUCUUUAAAAUUCGAGUCGUAUUCUUUUGUAUAAGUGCAUUACGAUGCAAUUUACCAAAAAUCUUGUUCGUAAUUUAUUCAAGAAAUGUAAAUAAUUUUAACGUGAAUCUUUCUAUUUGAUAUAUCAUAAAAAAGAAAGCAAAAUAAAUACAAAAAAAAUAUGUAAAAGACAAAAUUUAAAUUAUAAAGAAAUAAUUGUAAGUAAUUAAUUCUUUCAAUGACUAAUAAAUCCAAGUAAAAUUUAUAUAAAAGAAGAAAAACUUAAUUGAAAUUUAGUAUUUAGGUCAUUAGUUUAAAAAAGAGAAGAAAGAAAAAAAUAAUAAUAAAAUUAAACAUUGUAAAAAAUGUGAUGUGAGCAUUUUACUUUUCGUUAAAACAAAUAUUAAUAAAAAUAAAAAUCUAACAAAAAAAAGAUAGAAAAUAGAAACAGACCUUUUUUUAUAAUGUGUACUUAUUCAUCAUUGUAACAUUUGAAUAUAAGAAAACAAAAACAAAAAAAUCAUAAAAAAAAUUAAAUUAAUCAAUCGCCUCCAUCAACCAAAAUCUUUAAAUAAAAUUGCCCCCUCCCCCAAACAAAUGUUUUCAAUUUAUGAAAAAAUUAA